ACACAUAUUUGUGCUCUCCUUCUGUCGCUCUGCGGUGCUGCUCGCUCGUGUCCUGGCUUGCAAUGUGUGUAGAAUGACAUUCCUGGAUUGUGAAUGGGAGUUCCCGAUAAGUGGCCAUAUUGGAACGCAUCUGACCCGCGCAAAGAUGUAACCUGAACGUCAAGAUAGUUCAUUUCCUACUUUAACGUACGUAUAAACGUUGACCGUGGAAACGCUGCGAGGCUACUUUAAACUGCUCCAAAUUCAAAGUAUAUAAAUAUGUAUUUAUUUAUUUGGGAAGCAAUCUUUAUAAUGAAUAAAAACAGAAUCUAAUUUAAAAACCGUGAGUAUUCAUUAAAUGUAUGACAUCCGCAUUAGUACGCGUGCGCACAACAGUAGUACCUACUCAAACCCCCGUGAGUUCUGUUUACCGACUUAUUUUUAUACUAUCCCGUGCUAUAAAGUUACUAUAAAUCAAGCAAUCCCUUUUGUACUCUCGUCGACUCCCAAGCCAAAGUCGAAUUAACGAAAAUAAACGAUUUAAAUCGACUGAACGAAACAUAAGUGAAGUAGCAGGGAAUCAUCUUGUCGCCUAGCUAGUAGCCUCCCUGCCCAGUUACCAGCUAUUCUCCGUCUUGUGUCCCUCUCUUCCUAUCUCUGUCAGCUCGGCUCAGUAGUUUAGCAGGCUAGUACGGAGAGACGAGGGCUGCUCCCUUUCGCCUCUGCUCAGUCUGCCCAGCACACUAAUACCAUACAUUCCGCACCAUGGCUGCCACAGACGUUGACGUGUUUUCGAAUGAAGAGAAGCGAAACCUAAAUUUGGGCGGACAUGUUGGAUUUGACAGCCUCCCUGACCAGUUGGUCAGUAAAUCGGUCACACAGGGAUUUUGUUUUAACAUUCUCUGUGUAGGGGAGACUGGUAUCGGCAAGUCCACGUUAAUGAACACGCUCUUCAACACCAUGUUUGAGAACGAAGAGGCGAGCCAUUAUCAGAAUGGCGUGUAUCUGCGGCCACGGACAUACGACCUGCAAGAAAGCAACGUCCACCUCAAACUGACGAUUGUUGACACUGUUGGCUUCGGAGAUCAGAUCAACAAAGAGGAUAGUUACAAGCCUAUCGUUGACUACAUCGACACUCAGUUUGAAAACUAUCUCCAGGAGGAGCUGAAGAUCAAACGCUCGCUGUUUAACUACCACGACACCAGGAUCCACAUCUGCCUUUAUUUCAUCGCCCCGACAGGACACUCCCUCAAGUCCCUGGACCUUGUCACUAUGAAAAAACUGGACAGCAAGGUCAGCAUAAUUCCCAUCAUUGCCAAAGCAGACACAAUCUCCAAGAGUGAGCUCCACAAAUUCAAAAUAAAGAUUAUGAGCGAGCUGGUGAGCAACGGUGUCCAGAUAUAUCAGUUCCCAACAGAUGACGACACCGUCAGUGAGAUCAACGCCUCCAUGAACGCUCAUCUGCCCUUUGCUGUGGUUGGGAGCGUGGAAGAAGUCAAAGUGGGGAACAAAGUAGUGAGGGCCAGACAGUACCCCUGGGGUAUCGUGCAAGUCGAGAAUGAGAGCCACUGCGACUUUGUAAAACUCAGAGAGAUGCUGAUCAGGGUCAACAUGGAGGAUCUGAGGGAGCAGACCCACGCCCGCCACUACGAGCUGUACCGACGCUGUAAGCUGGAGGAGAUGGGCUUCAAAGAUACAGAUCCCGACAGCCAGCCAUUCAGUCUUCAGGAGACGUAUGAGGCCAAGAGGAAAGAGUUCCUGGGGGACCUGCAGCGUAAAGAGGAAGAAAUGCGACAAAUGUUUGUCAACAAAGUAAAAGAGACGGAAGCGGAACUGAAAGAAAAGGAGAGAGAGCUGCAUGACAAGUUCGAGCAGCUGAAGCGGAUGCACCAGGAGGAGAAGAGGAAGGUGGAGGAGAAGCGGAGAGACCUGGAGGAGGAGUUGAACGGCUUCAACAGGAAGAAGAUGGCAGCAGAGACGCUCUCCUUAUCUCAGCCCCUCAAGAAGGACAAGGACAAGAAAAAAUCGGUGAAGACGGAGAACCAGUCGGGCGUGACCACCUCCAACUCCAAAGUGAUGAUGGCCAAGGCCAACGUGGAGCCCUUGAACUGCCAAAGCUGGUGGCAGGCCAUACAGUGCUGCACCUGUCUGGUCCACAACGCCGCCUGGAGCCCCGCAGGCCUCUUCUGAUGCCCGGGGCUGCAGGGAAGCAAACCGGGGUCUGUUGCGGCGCAACAGCCGACGCCGGAGCCGAGCCCGAUGGACGGAAUGAGAUGAGGGUGGCCGGAGACGAGCAGGGCGUGGAACUACACCGGAGAAGAACAGGGGAGUGAAGAGGAACGAGAGCAAAACGUUAGCGUAAUGAUGUCAUUGUUGUCUCAUUGUCCGUCCCUCCAUCUCUCACCACGUCAGAAUUCAUACACAUCAAAUAUAUCAAUGCAUUUUAAAAGGUCCAACCUUGCAUAUCUGACAAGAGGUCAACACAUCAUUCAUUCCUUUGACCUAACCUUCAUUCUCAUCCACCCAGGAAACACUGUCCCCCUUCGAAGUCUCUGAUUCUCUACUUUUCUCAAAUGUUCAUUUGCUGCAUUAAAAGCUACUGUAGAUAAACCUGAAGCUGUGUGCAGGAGGGCACUUUGAGCAGACAGAGCAUCUCACCAUCAGGUGUUUACUAACGAAGACCUACCCGUUUGCCUGAGGAAUCAUAGUAAUAUUGUUCGUAUUGUAUCGUACGUGCGGUGCUUUUCUGUGUUCCCAUUUGUAGGCAGGAACUGUAAAUCACAACCCGAGUGGAGGCUCGACGUUAGAGGACGCUUUGAGUUUUAGUUCAAUCAUUUCUUCAUACUUUUGCCACAAAGUGAUCCGAAAACAGAAGAAAAAUCACAAAACUCCAUUUCAAAAGAUCAAAAAAAACAUUCUUGUAAUGUUUCUUUGUUACAGUCAAACGUCAUUCAUGUUGUGUUUAGCUCAUUUGUCUCUUACUCUGUAGCAACAAUAAGCCAUGGGGGUUUUUAAAGAAAGUGGAAUUCACUGGGGAGGUAGAUUCAGCAAUGUGGUGCCAAAGUCAAAAAGUAAUCCCUGAAACAGUUGCUCGACUUCUUAAAACUUUCUAAACCCCCCCCCCCCCCCCUUCCUUGCUUCCUCCUCAAGUGUUCCUCAUUCACUCCAUUAAGGAAACAGAGAAUAUUCAGGGUGACGUUGUGUUCAGAUUCGACAGUCCUGAUCUCACAUGAGCAUCACAUCGCUGAUUCUGCCUUUCAAAGAGUUUUACUUGGAUGUGAAAGCAUAUUGAAAAGGUACUGAAAAAGCAUCUCUGUAAAUCCUCUUAUGUAUUCAUAUCAAAGUGUCAGUGGACGAAUUAUAGAUUUUAUUGAUAGCUGUUUUAUAGACAAAUGGAGAAUACCGCUUUAUUUAGCAAAGGGAAAGCAGAGUAAUUUCUUCGGGGCAGGGGGAAUGUAAUUGCGAGAUUACAGCAUUGUUCAAAAGUAUUUAUUUGAAAAAAAUAUUUAUUUGAAUAGUAUAAAAGAGUCUUUAUUUUAUUAUAGUUUUUAUUAAUACAUUAUGUCUUUUUAUUUGAAAAGUCUUUGGGUUUUUUGUAAUACAUAAAGUGAAGUGCUGGGAAGAGACUAGCUUCACAAGAAUAACUCUGCACGCUGUAAACCUGUGACAUUCUUUGUUUUGCAGAAGACACUAAAAAUCAGCUCAUGUGCCAAACUGCUUAUUGGUGACAGUUUAUGGUUUGUGGCUUUUGAAGAAGUCACUCAACCAAUUUCAAUAUCACAAACAAAUCUAACGCUGUUAUUUAUUUGUGGAGAGAAUGUAGGCUGACCUUUGGUCUGGGAUGAGAUUAUUGACUCACAGUAACAGUGAGUUAUUUAUUUAUUAUUAUUAUUUUUGGAGAAGAUGUGCAUCGUCUCAAUAAAGAUCCUUUGAACAGUGUG